UGUCAAACGGUGUCAAAUAUUUAAUUCAAGGUUAUAUACCUUGUCUGAUUUGCAGAAGUUCAAAUUUUCAAAGUAAAAUUUACAGGAACCAAAAUUAGCAGUAGAAAAACACUGUAAAAUGGCCAUAUGGGGAUAAGUAAUAUACCAGUUUUCAAGCAUGAGAUGCUUGAGGCUGAACACCGGUCAGUGGCCGGCAGGUUGGCAGACCUGGAACGAAAAGUGCUCGAGCAAGGGGAUGAGUUGGUGUGUCUCAAAGCUACCUUAGCGGAAGCUUUACGCAGGCUGUCUACUUUGGAAGGGGUCCGGAGUUCAGCGUCAUCUAUCGGUUCUUCUGGAACUCCAGUCAAGAUCAAUGGGAAAGACUCACAUCUGUCAGCCCAACGACAGCGGCCUAUUAGUUAUCAAGGCUCCAAUACGCACACGCCAACGAGAAGAGCCUAUGGCGGCAACGGGUCUUCUUUACCCCAAAGAAGAGCUGUACACUAUCAAUCCACAGGCAGCCUACACAGCGACGGCCACAGUAGCAGCAGCGUAAGCCCCAUACCCUCUCCGUCCCCAAGAGCGACUCCGCUGCCCGUGAAUGGGGCCCGCAGGCCCAGUAACAGCUCCGUAGUCCAAGCGCCGUCCACGCCCCCUUGCAAUGGCUCCUCUUCAACGUUGCACAAACGGUGGAGUUCCACGGGGGACUUUAACCAUGCCAACGCUGGAUCUCCUGGCAAUGGAAUGCAUUCCAAGUUUUCCACCAAGUCGUUUUUAAAUUUAUUUGCAAAUAAGACUAGCUCUUAUGCUCCCCCGAAUUUUAAGCAUGGUUCUCGGAAUUCGUCGGGUACACAACCACACGCAACACGCUUAGCAGCAAUUAAAUAGGAAUGCUGGUGGACUCAAGGGUGGCUAAGAGUGCGGCUUAUGGAGUCCCAUACACCAGCUCACGCAGGGGACGAAAGACGCCACCUACAAUGAAGAAGACAAAUCGCUCAAAAUGUAUCUCCGAGGCCGUCCCAUCAUCUUGUACGCCCCUACACAAUACGCAGAAAACUAUGAGAUAACCAAGGUGUCCACAGCUCCAACUAGACGUCUGAAACUGGAUUGGGCGUAUGGAUACAGAGGCAGGGAUUGUAGGUCCAACCUCUAUUUUCUGCCUACUGGCGAGAUGAUCUAUUUCGUGGCCUCAGUAGUGGUACUUUAUAAUGUCGAAGAUCAGAAUCAGAGGCAUUAUGUGGAGCACACAGAUGAUGUCAAAAGCCUGGCUAUUCAUCCUAACAAGAUGCUUGUAGCUACUGGUCAAUGCGCAGGCCCCGAUAAAAGGGAUGUAAGGCCUCACAUUCGGAUAUGGAACUCCGUCUCACUUCACACCCAAGCUAUAAUAGGAAUGAACGACUUCGAUGUGUCUGUAUGUUGUUUAUCAUUUAGUAAGGCUGAUGGAGGCGCAUUGCUAUUGGCUAUUGACGAGGCGGCUGAUCACAACAUAUCAGUGUGGGACUGGCAAAAAGGAGAGAACGGAUAUAGGAUAACAGAAACUAAGUGCUCGGUAGACACUAUCGUAGCUGCGGAGUUCCACCCUCUGGAUCGAAACACAAUAGUAACUUGUGGGAAGUCACAUAUAGCCUUUUGGUCUCUAGAUGUCGGUGGAACACUCUACAAACGAAUGGGUAUUUUUGAAACUCGUGAUAAACCUAAAUACGUCACUUGUGUGGCGUUCUUACAGACUGGGGAAACUAUUACAGGUGAUUCAAAUGGCAACUUAGCUGUAUGGGGACGAGGUACGAAUACAAUAUGGAAACUCAUAAAAAACGUACAUGAAGGUCCAGUCUUUUCCAUAUGUGUACUUAAAGAUGGAAGUGUGAUCACCGGUGGCGGAAAAGAUGGAAAGAUCAUGGAAUUUGGCCCCAAUUUGCAAGUUACUGGAGUAUUUAGCCAGAUCGAAGGUCAUUUCGGUGGCAUCAGGGUAGUCUCAGAAGGCAAAGGUUCCCAAAUACUGGUCGGUACAACCCGCAACUGCAUUCUUAACGGAACCUUCGACCUAGGGUUCCAUCCCAUCAUUUUAGGUCAUACCGACGAGCUGUGGGGUCUUGCCUCACACCCUAGCAUACCCCAAUUCGCCACGGCAGGUUACGACAGGGUGCUGCAAUUGUGGGACUCCAUGUCGCAUAGUAUUUUAUGGAGCAAGGACAUUGGGGAGCAAGCGCAGAGCCUGGCUUACUCCCUAGAUGGCGCUUGCGUUUUGGUUGGCUGCACCAAUGGCAAAUGGAUGAUUUUCGACACGCAGACGCGCGAAUUGUUGGGUCAGCACACGGAUGGCUCAGAGCCUAUUCAAGUCAUACAGUUCUCUCCGGAUGGAACCAUGGUUGCCCUAGGUUCGAGGGAUAACCACAUUUAUAUAUACCAAGUCUCAGAAGACGGAACGAAAUAUAGUAGGGUUGGAAGGUGUUCGGGUCACUCGAGCUAUAUAACUCAUGUUGAUUGGGCUACUGACAACCAAACUUUAAGGAGUAACUCUGGAGAUUACGAACUAUUAUUCUGGAACGCUGGUACAUGCCGCCAGAUUCCGCAGAGUACAAUGGUUCGUGACGUCGAAUGGGCCACUAAUACAUGUCCACUAAAUUUCACUUCAGUUGGAAUUUGGCCAGAAACUGCAGACGGAACCGACUUGAAUGCAUGCGAUCGCAGUCACGACAAGCAGUUGAUGGUAACCGGAGAUGAUUUUGGAAAGGUCAAACUGUAUAGCUAUCCUGUCAUUCAAACAAAGUCUUUGUGCCACACCUACGGCGGCCACAGUUCCCACGUGACCGGCGUGAAUUUCCUCUACGAUGAUACCAGGGUAGUCUCAAUCGGAGGCAGGGAUACCGCAGUCUUUCAAUGGACCAUCUCCUAAACCGAUCCAUCCAAAAGUAUUACGAUUUGCGUUCCAAGUUCACGCUGCCUUAUUUUUUACCUCCUGUACAGCCAUACACUAUUAUUAUCUGAGAAUUGAUUACAGUUAUUUAGAUUUCUUUGCCGUUUGAUCUAGCAGACGUCUUGAGGUUCAUCAGUAGCCCUAUGCCUCCCUAAGUAGAACAUAGAUUCACAACCGAGUGAUAACCCAUUCAUUUUUUAAAUAAACCAUGAAUUUCGACAUGUGAAAAAUAGGGGCUUCAAGGUGAAAAAAUGGAAAUUGUAUUAUCGACAAAAUUUUACAAUUGUAUAAUCUCAUCUGUCCUUUGGGGUGCAAAAAAGAAAUUUGCCGAUACGAAAGUGAAGUGGUUAAUGCAGAAAACUCCCUAAAUAACCUUUCGACAUAAAUUUGACUUUGAUAAGAUUGAGAAACCAUCUAAAACAUUAAUCCCUUCUCUUUCUUGCUUACAAAUUUUUUGUGUAUAUCUCAACAACCAACAGAUGUAUGCUUUACAUAGGAGUAUGUGGGGAGCUCAAAAUAUAGAUUUUUUUAUCGUCUAAAUCUAAAUGAACUGAAUAACAUCUGACACCGUCGAAUACCAUUUUUCUCUAUUCAUCGAGGAAUAUACGUUGAUACGUUUUUCUCAACACUCUGAAUUUAACUUUCUCAUAGAUCGCGUUCAUCAAUACAGCGUUCUGCAGUUCGUCAGCAAUGACUUAACUACGUUUAUAUGACAAGGAAAUUACUACUGACGUGAGCAACUGUUUCAAGGGGAUAGCAAAAAGGAAAAGAGACAGACCUACUGGGAGGGGAAGGUAGCUUUGAGAAAUUUUAAGACAAACAACCUCAUGUCACUCCUCCACAAACAAGUCAUAGUUUAGGGCGGAAAAGAAUAAAAUAAAAAAUAACAAACUAGGUUCAGAGCAGUAUUUCAAGUACUUAUUGGCAGAUAGCUGAAAACUACCUUAUUAAAAAAUGGAAUCAUUGUAGGAAAAAUGUGUUUUGGAAGAUUAUUUGUCAAAUAACGACGUCUGCUUGAUACAAUUACAAACGUAGUCCGGGAUUGUGGCCUUCAUUGUUUAUGAGCCAUUUUUAAUGCAACAUACUUUAUUUUUGUAAAGUACAAAAUGUUCUUUUAGCACCAGUAGAAAUAAGCUGUUUUACAACUCUAUGUAUUUUUAAAUAUUCAGAAUACAUUCCUGAUGUUUAUUUAUUUGAAUUUUACCAACCACAAAUUUUAUAGAGGUUGAUCGUCUGAUAUUAAUGAUAUAUGUGUGAUAAUAAAUGUUUACUAUGAA